CGUGAUACACGUCUGGAUCCGAACUUUACUUCCGGUUUCGUUUUUUUAAUGAUCAGUUGCUAAACUGAUCUCUUGAACAAAUUCCUCGUCGAAAAUAACAAAUGUUUUGGUCUCCUAGGUAAUCUGUGUGUUGUUGUUUUUUUGCUUGUUAUAUAAAUAAACUACGUUUAAAGUACUUCGUUGUUAUUUAAUAUUAGCGGAGUUUACCGGAAGUUACGUGCGGACCGCGACAGCGGCUUGUUUAUGUUGUUACUGCUGAAACCGUCUAUACUCUUGUCACAAAUGAAUAAAUUACAGUUACUGCAUAAUUAUUACUGCUGAUGAAACUACAUUCUUGGAGCUUUCCAACAAUAUUUAGUUUGUUGUGAUAGAUUAACAUUUACAUGAAAAAUAUUAAUGUAAACUUAAGCCCGAUUUAUAGUCGUGCGUAUCCGUAGCUCUGCGUAGCCUGACGCGCACCUCACAAAAAUUUUAACAGCGUGUCAGAUCUACGCGGACCGCAAGCGCUGUGAUUGGUCUACCAGAACCCCUCCCGUCAGGUAAAAAACUGCGUCAUAGGUAUUUCCGUUUGUGACGGUGAAAACAAAGAUGAGCCAAGUUGAGGAGUGAUUUAACUCAAACUGCAUCAAAAGUCGCUGUUUAUUUACUUCCAUCAUUGCUGGUCUUCUCAAAUUAUACACAACAAGUUGCUGUUUCUUCUUCGGUUGUGGGUUAACUUGCUAAGCUUCUUCUUCUUUGACGUUUGCGCUGCUACUGUGGUUACACACGUGGAUACUGCCUACCAGCGGUCUGCGCGUGUGUUUGCACGUGGACGCGGACGACGAUGCAAAAGUAUAAAUGAAAACCGACGCGGAACCUACGUCGUCACGGCUACGCCGUAGGACCUACGCACGACUAUAACGAGCCCUUUAGGUAUCACGAGACAACGGCAGUUAAUGAGUUAAUCUGAGUAAAUCCUCACAAGAAAUAAUGUUGCUCUUUAAGACAGACCAAGACAAAAGCUCAACCAAUGACGACCGAUGACAUAAAUGUGGAUAAUCUUUCUGAAAACUCAUAAUUUUUGCAAUUCGGAUGCUGUUUGUGGCACAGAAAUUAGUAUACACACCGCACCUUUAACACUAGUCCUUUUAUGUAUCACGUUAUUACGGUCUCGUCUCUAGAUUGCCAUCUGUUUGGCUGGAGGAUAAUGAAAUGCACUAUAACGCAACAGUAUUGUGAUGCAGUUUCUAUCAGCAUCCAAUUGGAUUGAAUAGCAUACUGUAUAAUUUUCUGUAAUACUUUUUUAAUAUAUAAGAGCUAAACAAUGUGCAUGGUAACAGGAAAAGUUGUUAGGUAUGUGUGUAUGGUUUUCUUUAAGUACAUGGAGAAACAUGAGAUUUACGCACACUGUAGGGGCUGAUUAUAUAAAUGGUUGCUAUUUCUAUUUUUAAAUGCAUAGGGUGAAUGAGAAAGUGACGUGAUGAGAAAGAGAUGCAGUUGCAGUGCAUUGACCAGUGUGUGGCUUCAAUAGCUGUAAGCAUUCUCUGUUUCUCUCUCCCUCUCUCUGUCUUUUCUUACAAACACAGGCUUUCACAAUCCCAGGAUAAAAGCCAGGCAUUCAACGCAUCCCGCAGAACUGUCACACAUACACAGUGCGUGCAUAUGUGCGUGUGCACGUCUGUGCAUAUGUGCGCGUGUGCUUCGUGCAUGUGUGUUGCUGUGACUGUCUCCACUCCUCUGCCACCUCCCCUCCUCUUCCUACCGGCAUCAUCCCUCGCUCUCCAUCAGGGAUGGUGAGAGAAUGUUUUUGAUCCAGUCAUCUGCACAGGUUGCACGCAGCUCUGUUCUGCCAUGGAUAUAAACAUCUUCUGCAUGGAAUUGAGGGCAUGACAACAUGCAUCCCUUGUUGUUUCAGAGCAUGUGCCACGAUUUGCACGAAAUGAUGGAGGACCAGCAGCUUCCUGGCUAAACCCUGCAGACUAAAACAACAUCACAGCUCGAAUCAUGCACUUAAGGUGGGUGGAAAGAUGUAGCUGAAGAACAAACAUAUAGGAAUCUUGUCCAUUCACACACUCAGGUCAUCCCUGAAAGGGGCGUGGCCUGUGGAGCACUGCCCAUCAUGUCUAAGAAAGCACCCAGUGGGCGGAGCAAAGGGGAGCGGCCUGAUGCCAUGUCAGCCUUGCAGGCAGCCAAUGAGGAGCUGAGAGCCAAACUCACGGAAAUCCAGAUUGAACUUCAGCAGGAGAAGACCAAGGUCAGUAAGCUGGAAAGAGAAAAGUCUCAGGAGGUCCGUCACGAGCAACACAAGUCCACAGUGGUAGUGACGGAGUUAAAGGCCAAACUGCACGAGGAGAAACUGCGAGAGCUGCACGGCGUUCGGGAAACGCUCCUACGCCAACAUGAGUCUGAACUGGUGCGGGUCAUUAAGAUCAAAGAUGGAGAGAUACAGAGACUACAGGCGCUUGUAUGUGCCCUCCGAGACACAUCUGGUGAUAAGGUGAAGUCUGCCCUGGUGGCGGAUGCGCGAGAGGAGGCCAGGCGGGGUUUCGAAGGUGAACGAAUGCGACUGCAGCAGGAAAUCGCUGAGCUGAAGGGAGUAAAAAAGCACAUGGAGGAAGCGUUAACCGUGGCCGUGCAGGCGGACAAAAUCAAAGCCGCCGAGAUCCGAAGCGUCUACCAUCUCCACCAGGAGGAGAUCAACCGCAUCAACAGGGAGUGCGAGAGAGAGAUUCGCAGAUUGAUGGAUGAGAUUAAAGUAAAGGAGCGUCACGUCUGUGGGCUGGAGAGAGAGCUCAACGCUCAGGCGGGCUACACGUGGAGACUACAGCAGCAGAAACAGGCUGUAGACACACAGCUGGCCCUGCUGCGAGACUCCAGCCCCAGACGAGAGGGCCCUAAUUCACCCGCUACAGGAGACUCAGCAGAGGGCAUAGCUAACCCUGUGCAGCAUUUGGAUGAAAAAGACGCCCGACGUUUCCAACUGAAAAUCGCAGAACUGAGCGCUAUCAUCCGAAAACUAGAGGACCGAAAUGCCCUGCUGUCAGAGGAACGCAAUGAACUUUUAAAACGUUUGCGAGAAGCUGAGAGCCAGUAUAAACCCGUACUGGACAAGAACAGACGACUGAGUCGUAAGAAUGAAGAACUGGCUCACGCGCUGAGACGCAUGGAAAACAGACUGCAAUUCAUCACUCAGGAGAACAUUGAAAUGAGAGAGAAGGCCAGUACGAUACGUAGGCCCAGUUCACUGAACGAUCUGGAUCAGAGCCAAGAGGAGAGAGAGAUCGAGUUCCUGAGGCUUCAGGUCCUGGAACAGCAGAACAUCAUCGACGAUCUCUCCAAGGCGCUGGAAACAGCUGGAUUUGUAAAAAGCGUGAUUGAGAGAGACAUGCUGUUGAGAUACAGGAGACAGGACAGUCUGCGCAGGAAAAAGCCAUUUAGAACCUGCAGGCCGGUUGUAGAGACGUUUUUUGGUUAUGAUGAAGAAGGUUCAAUAGACUCAGACGGCUCCUCCAUUUCCUAUCACACAGACCGAACGCCUUGCACACCAGAUGAUGAUCUCCUUGAAGAGGGAAUGCUUAAAGAAGAGACUGAACUUCGCUUUCGUCAGCUCACGAUGGAGUAUCAGGCUCUUCAGAGGGCGUACGCGCUCCUUCAAGAGCAGGUCGGAGGAACAUUUGAUGCGGAAAAGGAGGUCAAGACUCGAGAGCAGCUGCAGGCUGAACUGAUCCGGUAUCAGACCAGAAUAGCAGAUCUGGAGUGUGUUUUGAGUCAACAAGGACAGGACAUGAAAUGGAUUGAGGAGAAACAAGCUUUGUACAAACGCAACCAAGAGCUUGUAGAAAAGCUUAAAAAUAUGGAGACAGAAGAAACACGCUUGAAAAAUGAAAUUCAGGACGCAAAAGACCAAAAUGAACUCUUGGAGUUCAGAAUUCUUGAACUUGAAGAAAGAGAGAGAAGAUCUCCUGCCAUAAACUUCAAGAACAUUCAUUUCGCGGAGGGCACGAGUCCCUUGCAAAUCUACUGUGAUUCAGAGGGAGUCUCUGACAUUGUGAUCACAGAGCUUAUGAAGAAACUUGAUAUUCUGGGGGAUAACGCCGUAAGUAAUUUGACCAAUGAGGAGCAAGUGGUGGUCAUUCAUGCCAGAACGGUAUUAACCUUAGCAGAAAAGUGGUUAGAGCAAAUUGAGGUCACCAAAUCAGCAUUACAGCAGAAAAUGUUGGACAUUGAAAAUGAAAAGGAUCUCUUCUGCAAACAGAAGGGAUAUUUAGAUGAGGAAUUAGACUACAGAAAACAGUCUCUGGAUCAGGCACAUAAGCGUAUCCUUGAGUUGGAGGCGAUGCUGUUUGAUGCUUUGCAGCGAGAGGAAGGGGGCAGGAAGGUGUCUGAGCUGCUGAGCGAGCAGGACCGUGAUUCGCUGAGGGAAGCUGUCAGUCAGUGGAAGAGGCAGGUCCUCAGCGAAUUACGAGAGAGGGAUUCUCAGAUACUCAGAGAACGGAUGGAGCUGCUGCAACAUGCUCAAGCGAGGAUUAAAGAGUUGGAGGAGUGGAUAGAAACACAAAAACGACAGAUAAAAGAACUCGAAGAAAAGCUUUCAUUCUUUGGUCGUAGCUCUUCAAGCGAGCAGGAAGUGAUGAAACGUGGCACAGUGGAUCGCGGUCCUGGAUCUCAUGUGUUCUGUCUUCUGUAGCAGAGGAAUGGUCACCGAUUUUGGGGGGACUUUGAUCCGUUCAUGUCAAAUCUACACUGGCCACCUGUUGAUCUACGGCUAAUAGAUUAUGGUGCUCUCUCUAUCUUGUGGACUCAAAUUGUUUUUAUCCUUUUAAACUUUGCUUCCUGUGACCUCUUGCGUGUGGAAUUUAAGGACUCUUAAAUUGAAACGCUCUCCUUUCCCUGCUAAGCAGGUGGUGCUGGAGGCUGCUUCCCUUUGGAAGCCUAUGGGACGAGAGGUGUUACGUUGAAACCCUUCCCCUUACUGUUUACACGCACUUUGCUUUGGUUCCUGGUGGUACGUUUGGCAAUGGCGUGGUGGCGCUAAACCCCUCCUGUGCAUUGUUUAGAAAUGUGAUGAAAAGUAAGUCUUGGAAUUAAAACAUUUUAUUUUGUAAUGUACAGGAACAGCGUUUCAAAAUAAAUUUCUCAGAGGAAUAUGGAAAAUAUAUAAGGACGUUUGUGGGUCUCUUUCUGUUGACUGAAAAAACACCACAGGGAAUUCUGGGUAAAGUGGUCACAUGAAGGUUUUGUAUGAAUUGUGUAAAUCUCUGGUGAACAGAUACACUCACCUAAAGGAUUAUUAGAAACACCAUACUAAUACUGUGUUUGACCCCCUUUCGCCUUCAGAACU